UCUUCUCCUCCAUCCAUCUUCCCAUCCUCUCAGGGAAGGACCUUGGAUCCAUCUCCAAGGCCUUCUCCUCCUCCUCCUCCCCUUCUCCAAUCCAUCUCCAUCGAUCGAGCUUCCCCACCAUCAUCUCUCUCUUCAUCGGCGAGCGAUCUAUCAAUCGUUGUUCGGGGGCCUCGUUGUCGAUCGUCUGUGCCGUGGGGGCAUACGGGUGCCGGUGAGAGGGGGCCCUGUUGGGGCGGGUGUGGCAGCGGGGCGAUGGCGUGCCAUGAGGUGGGCGCGCCGUGGCGGAGGUGCUGAGACGCGCCGAUGAUCAUUAGGGUGCGGUGGUGACGGCGGCGGCGGCUUCUCGGUCCGCUGCAGGGUUUUUUUACUCUCUCUUUGGCCUGAGUCGUCGCCGGUAGCACAAAAGGGUCGCCGCCACGGCGAGGCGAGGAGGGAACGCGAAGAUGAGCUGCUUUCCGUGUUUUGGCGGCGGAAAGAAGAAGAAUGUGCACGCCGACACGGGAAAGUUCGACGCGUCGACGGUGCCGGCAUCGCAAAUGACGCCGCCACAUGUGGUUUCUGCCACUGCGGACGCCAUGCCGGCCUCGUCGGCACCAAUGACUCCGCCGAAGCCGAUGAAUGGCCAACCUGAUCAUGCCCACAAGCCGUCCGAGGAUGCCUCAAUGGGGCUAGCUAUCGCGGGACAGGCGUUCGCGUUCCGCGAGCUCGCCGCGGCUACUGACCACUUCACGCCGUACAACCUCGUCGGAGAAGGAGGCUUCUUCCGGGUCUACAAGGGCCAGUUGGAGAAGACGGGGCAGACCGUGACCAUCAAGCAGCUGGACAAGCAUAGCUUCCAAGGCAACAAUGAGUUCCUGAGCGAGGUCUCCAAGCUCAGCCGGCUCCACCACGAGAACCUUGUUGACAUCAUUGGCUACUGUGCUGAUGGCGACCAACGACUCCUCGUGUAUGAGUUCAUGUCCGCUGGCACCUUGGAAGAACACUUAUUCGAUUUGCCAUCAGACAAGAAGCCAAUGGACUGGUGCACAAGGAUGAAAGUGGCGCAUGGCGCAGCUCAAGGGCUGGAGUACCUACACGAGAAGGCGAACCCGCCGAUGGUGUACGGCGACUUCAAGGCAUCCAAUAUCCUGCUCGACGCCAACCUCACACCGAAGUUGUCUGACUUCGGGAUCGCGCAGCUCGGCCAGGCGAGCGGGAACGUGCCGGUGUCAACCCCGAUGAUGGGCUCGUUUGGCUGUUGCCCUCCAGAGUACGACCGUGGUGGGCAAAUCACCAUGAAGUCAGAUGUGUAUAGCUUCGGUGUCGUGCUAGUGCAGCUCAUCUCCGGUAGAAGGGCCGUUGACACAAGCAAGCCUAUGGAGGAGCAGAACGUGGUCACUUGGGCACUGCCAAUGUUUAAAGACCAAAAGAGAUAUCACGAGUUGGUUGAUCCACUUAUAAAGAGCGAGUACCCGGCAAAAGCCUUAAACCAAGUGGUUGCAAUGGCUGCAAUGUGCUUGCAAGAGGAAGACUCUGUGCGACCAUUGAUGGCUGAUGUUGUCAUGACACUGGGAUUCCUUAUUGCAAUGCCACCGGAAACACAACCUACUAGUGUUCCAGUCUCAGUCCCAAUUCCUUCUGCCUCACCAGCAUCAAAGGAGGACAAAGCACCAAAUCGCUCUGAUAGCUCGUCAUCGUCUUCUUCGGACGACGAGGACAACGAAGAGGAGGGAGAGGAAGACGAAGAAGAAGAUGAGGAGCAACAAUAAGGGCAUCUUUUCAAGGAUUAAUACUGAAAGGAAAAAGAGGAGGGAACGUUAAUGGUUCAUUUCAAUGACCAAUGAAACAAGAGAUGAUUUGAUGUGGAAGGAGCUGUAUACAUGAGAGUUGUUUUUUUUACGUUUCUGAGAGGCCAUGACAAUGUAAAUUGGGGUGGGGCUUCAACAAGUAAAUGUUUUUUUGUUGUGAUAAUAACAAGACAUCUUAAAAUGGUAAAUGUAUGGCUGUUGUACACAUUGAUCAUCAAUUGGAUACACAUAAUUUAUCACAUGCAAAUCAACUAUACAAAGGUUGAUGUAGUUGUAGUGUUCUAUUGGA